AUGUCAGCUGCAGGGAUAGUCGACAUGGAUAUGGGUCCAGGAGGCGACGGCUCCUGCGACGUCGACGUUGGAGGAUGCUAUUAUCAUGGUACCUACGUCCCGACAGAUGCAGAGGUGACAGCAUAUCAGAACUCUCACCCCGAUCCAUGGGCAUCGAAUAUCAAGUAUGGGUACUAUGGAUUUUACUUCCUCGUUGCCGCCCUCGGUCUCGCAAUUGCCAUGAACGUCUUCCAAAAACUCGUUCAGUAUCAUCGGCUCUCGACCACAUCCCCGGGAAAGACGGGUUCACUGCAAGCGAAGAUGUACGCGAUCGUUCGUUGGGCCAACUAUGUUCGCCUUCCUUGGUCGCUUCAACGUUUCGUCGCACCCGUCUGGACUAGCGGGACCUUCGCCCAGACGCUGUUGCUGGGCGUUGGCUUCCUUUAUUGCACGGCAUACUGUUUCGGCAUCACGUACUACUACCGGCCUCCUUUCUACGGUAGUGCACCUCUUGGCCUGCGGAGCGAGUACCUUGCGAUGGCGAUGCUUCCCUUCCUGUUCAUGCUUGCCCAGAAGCGCAAUCUCAUUGGAACCCUGACGGGAACGCCGUAUCAGAAGCUUCAAGUCCUCCACCAAGGCGUUUCUGGCCUCCACUUUUACAUGAGCCUCGUGCACACCAUAUCCAUGUCUAUCCGUGGCCAGAGGGAGCUGGGGUUGAACAGCCAUAUCUACAUAUCCGGGUUUGCAGCGUUGGUGCCACUCAUCUGGCUUUGCGUCGCGAGCCUGCCUGUCUUCCGCACGAAGGCUUACGAAGGGUUUUGGGUUCUACAUAUGUCUGCGGUCAUCGCGUACUUGGGCACACUCUGGUGGCACGUCUACCCCGAAUUGAACUCACCAAAUUACAUGUACGCAACAUUCGCCAUCUUCGCGUGGGGCUUCCUCCUCCGCGUGGGCUGGCUCAUCUACCGCAACCUCACUCUACACAAAGCCGAAGUCAGCCUGUCCUCGACCGGCGCCGUGCUCAUGUCCAUCCGCACGCGCAUGCGCUGGGGCGCAGGCCAGCACGUCUUCCUCCGCUUCUUCACCGUGCACCCUCUCGAGUCCCAUCCGUUCUCCGUGGCGUCGCUCCCGGGGGCAGGAGACGAGCACGAGAUGAAGUUUAUCGUCCAGCCGCGCGACGGUCUCACCAAGGCGCUCGCGAACAAGGCGGCCGGCGGGUCGCUUACGCUGAACGUGUUCGUUGACGGUCCGCUUGGCGAUUGCGAGGAUCUGCGGGCAUAUGAUAGCGCGAUGCUGUUCGCGGGCGGCAGCGGCAUCUCGCAUGUUCUUCCUGUUUUCCUCGACUUGGUCUCGUGCUUGCGUGGCGAGGGGGGACGUCGCUCGCGAUGCGCGCGCGUUGAGCUCGUUUGGGCCGUUCGUACUCUUGAUGCGCUCAAGUGGUUCGAGAGUGACAUUCUCGCUGCAAUCGCCGGCGUCUCUGAGGACGCAGUUUCUGUUCGCGUAUUCGUGACUGCUGAGCCCGCGGACAUAUCAAAGGCUGACGGUAGCGAUGAUGAGAAAUCCAGCACAAAAGACGAGAAAGCCCCGUCGCGCAUCGAGAUCGGCCAGGGUCGCCCGCAAGUGCGUGCACUCAUCCAGAAGCGCACUGAGGAGUGGACAGGACGUGUCGCUCUUGGCACCUGCGGGCCGCUCGAACUGGUUACUGACUGCUCGAAUGCUGCCGCUGCGGCGCAGUUGGACAUUCUUAGUGGUGUUGCCAAGUGCGAGGAAGUCCAUCUCGCUUCCGAGAUCUUUGCGUGGUAG